AUGGCCGACUACGACCAUACCACAUUGCAGCACUAUGAGUCUCUCAAGGUCUAUCUCGCCUCGUAUCUCCAAAACCAGAAAUCGUCAACUACUGCCAGUAAUCAACGAGCGUCUGCUCGUGAAAAGUUGACCAGAUUGACCCAGCAGCAAUUCCAGGAACUAUCUACUGAUGUAUACGAUGAAAUGACGAGGAGACAGGACUCGGCCGACACCAUCCCAUUCCUUCCUGUAAAAGACGAAUUCCACCCAAAAAGAAACCAAGCCAGACAAAAACUCGCUACGCUACCAAAUUCUAGGUUCAAGGAUCUCGCUAGCGACGUAUACUAUGAACUGGAAAGGCGAUUCCCUGGUCUAAUAGCUGAUCCGAAUUCGGGGAAGAGUCCUGCUGAAGUGUCACCAGCAUCAUCAGAAUCAGCCACAGAUCCAUCUAGAGAAACAAUGUCACCCGUACAACCCGCAGAAGUCAGUUUCGCAUCGCUGGAUAAUCUGAUGGCGGAUUUAGGAAAUAUGCUGAAUUCUACGAGUGCUGCUCCACCGCCGAAUAUCAAUGGAACUGCACGAGAAUCUACAGUCUCCAAGAGUAUAGCCGACGAUGGAGAAGUGAGCAGGCUUAAGGCUCGAAUUGCUCAAUUAGAGACCAUUCAAGACUCGACAACACGAUACGAUACAUCUGGUUCAAGAAUCAAGGAACUGGAAGACAGAUUAGCUGGUGUCAUGGCUGAAUCAAGAGAAAAGGACGAAAUGAUAUCAAAGCUUUCAGAGGAUGCACAAAAGGCUAAAGAAAACUAUGAAUCAUUACAGGAGGAUUACAAUCAACAGCAGCAGAUCGCCAACGAUAUUAGAGCAGAAGCAACGAAUUUAUUGGACGAGAUAAAAUCAUUGUCGAGGAAGAAUGAUGAGUUGAAUGCUACUCAUGAACGUGAUCAGGCGACAAUCAAACAACUCAGAGAAGAGAACGAAAGGUUACAGAAACACCCAUCAUCUGCUGGUGGUAGUAGUAAUGUCGCAGCUGUUACUAAGAGUGUUGCAGAUCCAACACUUAGAGAAUCACCCAGUUUUGAUUACAUCAAGGAGAGUUUGAUGUAUGUUGAUAAUGGAGUCAUCAAUCGACAACGGAUUGUGACGUAUCAGAGUGCUGUUGAGGAUUUGAUGAAGGCCUCCAGGUCGGAUCAACCCACCUCAGUCCUCGUAGCCAUGAAAUCCAUAGUCAUGUCAUGUAAAGGCAUCACAGAAGACACGGAACACUAUGAACAAUCUGAAACCACCAAACCAGCCGAAUUCACUACCCGUCUGUCACAAGUCAAGACUCGGUUAUCCGCUGCCCUUACAGGGCUAAUGACUGCAGCCAAGACACACGCACAAUCGUAUGGAUCUGCACCACAUUCCAUAUCUGAGGUGGAGGGAGCCGCCACGAAUCUGACUAGUGUGAUUUUGGAUUUGGUUCGGACGCUAAAGAGUCGUGAUGAUGAGUCGUUGGGGCGUAGUGUGGGUGGAAGUACGAGUACCACUGUGAAUGGAGUUAAUGGUGGUGUUGUUGGUGGGGCAAGUCAUUCGAAUGGAACUGAGACCUAUGAGGUUGAUGAACUUAAGGGAUACUUAGAGAAACAAACAGAUAUGAUUGUGCAAGCAAUCCAAAGUCUCUUGUUUGCCAUGAGACAAAAUACACCCGUUGGACAUGAAUUCAAGGAUACAGUGGGCAAUAUUACCAAGAUUGUCGACAAUCUGAUCAAAGUGUCGAGAAGGACGUUGUCGUCUCCUUCAGCAUUGUCUAAACCUACAUUUGCUUCAUCAGGCGAUCGUCUCCUUCAACAACUGUCUUCAGCCAAUUUACAGUUUGGAAAUUUGGGUGAUUCGAUGGUGAAUUCACCGCAAUCAAAGACGUUGAAACAACAAGUCGCGGCGUCAUCCUACGAAAUCGCCAAAUGUGGUUUGGGAGGCUGGUUGUUGAAACUCCCCGAUACGAAGGAAUGA